CAUACAAAUACAGAUGGACAUAUGAGACCCCCAAACCUAAAAUUGUUGGUCGAGUUUAUAACUUAUGACGAAGGGUGAUUGGAGUUUGUGACUCAUCAAUCAAUUAUGUACUAGAUUGUAAGGUGGAUAAUGGCAAAUCAAUCUUGGUUGAAGGAUAGAACCAACCUGAUUUACAUGUGUCACACUUACCCACUCGAAAACAACAUAGACAUCAUUGUUGCUUAAUGCUUGGCUAGAGCACAUAUAUGUGGCAUGUGGGAACAUUUUAGAUUUAUCUCUUACUUACUUUGGUGUAGGCAAAAAUUACACCAGUCAGAACAAUAAAGAUGAGAUGUUCGAUCAUGGAUAGUAGGCAACGAUUUAGUUCACAAAGUCCACGAAGACACAUCUAUGAGGUGAGACAUGUGGGGAAAGCAAUACACAAACCUAAAAUUAUUGGUCGAGUUUCUAACUUAUGGCGAAGGGUGAUUGGAGUUUGUGACUCAUCAACCAAUUAUGUACUAGAUUGUAAGGUGGAUAAUGGCAAAUCAAUCCUUGCUGAAUGAUAGAACCAACCUGAUUUACAUGUGUAACACUUACCCACUUGAUAACAACAUAGACAUUAUUGUUGCUUAAUGCUUGGCUAGAGCACAUGUAUGUGGGAACAUUUUAGAUUUAUCCCUUACUUACUUUGGUGUAGGCAAAAAUUACACCAAUCAGAACAAUAAAGAUGAGAUGUUCGAUCAUGGAUAUUGGAUAUACCAAUUUAGUUCACAAAGUCCACGAAGACACAUCUAUGAGGCGAGAUUUGUGGGGAAAGCGAUACACAAUUGGUUAUACAAAUGUCUUUUCAUAUGAGAUGAAUGGUUGAUGGCUCUCUAAAUUGGUUGAUGCUAUCUUCUUUUUUUACACAACAUGCACCAUUAUUUGCAAAACUGUUUAGCUCGUAAUUAUCUAUUCAUCGGCCUUGUGAGAUACAUGAUAACUCUACAAAGGAUACUAAGAUGUGCAUAUUUUCCAAAAUAUUUAUGGGUAUGCUAUAUGGAUCAAGUGUUUUGUACAAUCAAACCAAAAGUGAUAGCUCCAACCAAAGGGUAGUCAAUUGUAAUAUUAACGGCUUAGUUCAUCACUUGCAAGAGAUGGCAUUGUGAGAGAAGAAGACUACUCAUGUGUUAAAGCUUUUGAGGUUCUUGAAGAAAAUGAGUUUAAACGAGCAAUUCUUGAAACAAUUUUUCCUAUUACACUCACUUAUCCAACAAGCGUACAAUACACAUCUAUAUAGAGACAAGAUCUACAUUACAACGAUUUGCCAAAUACUGAAACACUUGCAACUUUUUAUCAUAUUUUGCAUCCACGAUAAAUAUAAUUUUGCAACAAAUUAUGUUCCAUUCAUCGGUAGUCCAAACUAUAAGCUAGCAUAUUGUACAAUACACAUCUAUAUCCAGACAAGAUCUACAUUACCAUGAUUUGCCAAAUUCUGAAAUACUUGCAACCUUUCAUCAUAUUUUGCAUCCAUGAUAAAGAUAUUUUGCAACAAAUUAUGUUCCAACCAUCGGUAGUCCAAACUAUAAGCUAGCAUAUUGUACAAUACACAUCUAUAUCAAGAUGAGAUCUACAUUACAACGAUUUGCCAAAUACUGAAAUACUUGCAACUUUUAUCAUAUUUUGCAUAUAUGAUAAAGAUAAUUUUGCAACAAAUUAUGUUCCAUCCAUCCAUCGAUAGUCCAAACUAUAAGCUAGCAUAUUGUAUCAACAAAAGAAAUACGAACCAACUAAAGAAAGACACCUACGACUCCAAAAUCAGUACCAAGUAAAAAAUCUGCUAAUAUCUCUCGAGUCUCGUACAAAAGUUCUCUUUGAUUCAGAAGUUGCCUUGCAUUCUGCUUCUCAGCUAGAGAACUCUUCUCAACUUCCUCCUCUAUCUCCCCAUCUCUCUUUCUUUUUCGUUCUAUCUCUCCUCGCGAAAAUCCCCAACCGAAUUGCGAUCGCGGCACCAAAAACCCUAGUUCCCGAUCGUCAAUUCGCAUAUUGUCAUCUUCAUUCUCCACUCUUUACCUCCCGAAUUCCCUGCCCUGAUUGGUUCUGUUCCUUGUCAUCGGCGGACUCGCUGCUCAUUGGGGAUUCGAUCAUCGUGAAUAGUGAUUGCUGGAAACCUGUCUUUCGACUCACAAAUCCAUCAACCGCUUCUUGAUUGUGGAGAAUUUGAUUGAUUCUCCGUCGGAGUGUUCUUUGAUUCUCCGUGUGCAAUGCUCUUUGAUUCACCGAGAUGAAGCUCAAGCGGCGGAGGUCUUUGGAAGUGCCUCCAAAAAUUAAAUCCUUCAUCAAUAAUGUGACUGCUACUGAUCUGGAGAAUAUCGAAGAGCCUCUUAAGGGCUUUUCUUGGGAGUUUGAUAAGGGUGAUUUUCAUCAUUGGGUUGACCUUUUCAACCACUUCGAUUCAUUCUUCGAUAAACACAUAAAACAAAGGAUAGAGUUGCAGCUUGGUGACAGCUUUUUGGAAUCUGAUACCUGUUUUCCACGAGAAGCAGUUCUUCAAAUCCUCCGCGUUAUCAGAAUAAUCUUAGAGAAUUGCACAAAUAAGCACUUUUAUAGUUCGUAUGAGCAGCAUCUUUCUGCCCUUCUUGCUUCAACAGAUGCAGAUGUGGUUGAGGCUUGUCUGCAGACUCUCGCUGCUUUCCUGAAGAAAACCAUUGGAAAGUACUCCAUUCGGGAUGCUUCCUUGAGUUCAAAGCUAUUUUCUCUGGCACAAGGCUGGGGUGGAAAGGAGGAGGGUCUAGGUCUGAUUGCAUGUACUGUUGACAAUGGGUGUGAUCCUGUAGCAUAUGAGUUAGGCUGUUCCCUCCAUUUUGAGUUCUAUGGAGCGAAUGAAUCACCAUGUGAGUCUCAGCAGACAGAAGAAUCAAUAGGAAGGUUACAAAUCAUUCAUUUACCUAACAUCAACACUCUCCCAGAUACAGAUUUAGAACUUUUGAACAAGUUAGUUGCAGAAUAUAAAGUGCCUCACCGUUUGAGAUUUUCUCUAUUGACGCGGUUACGGUAUGCGAGGGCUUUUGGAUCUUUGGCUUCUCGACAGCAAUACUCAUGCAUUCGUCUAUAUGCCUUCAUAGUUCUCGUUCAAGCAGGUAGUGAUGCUGAAGAUCUAGUUUCUUUUUUCAACUCUGAACCGGAGUUUGUAAAUGAACUAGUUUCCUUGUUGAGCAAUGAAGAUGCAGUACCUGAGAAAAUUCGAAUUCUCUCUCUGCUAGCCUUAGUUGCCCUUUCUCAGGAUCGCUCCCGGCAGCCUAGUGUCCUGGCAGCUGUCACAUCUGGUGGUCACCGUGGCAUUCUAUCCAGCCUCAUGCAGAAAGCUAUUGAUUCUGUUAUGAAUCAAACAUCAAAAUGGUCUGUUGUUUUUGCUGAGGCUUUAUUGUCUCUGGUCACCGUGUUGGUCUCAUCAUCCUCUGGGUGCUCAGCCAUGCGUGAAGCAGGUUUCAUCCCUACCCUUCUACCUCUCCUCAAGGACACAGAUCCACAGCAUUUGCAUUUAGUUGGGACUGCCGUGCAUAUUUUAGAGGCUUUCAUGGAUUACAGUAAUCCAGCUGCUGCAUUGUUCAGAGAGUUGGGUGGUUUAGAUGAUACGAUUUCUCGGCUUAAGGCAGAAGUCUCGUAUAUAGAAAAUGGUCAGGGGCAACAUGGUGAAGAUUCUGAUUCCAGGGAAAGUAGUUUGCCAAUUGUUACAGUUUGCGCUUCAUCUGACCUGGAGAGUAUGCAGCCCCUAUACUCUGAGGCAUUGGUUUCUUAUCACCGGCGUGUGCUUAUGAAAGUACUAUUACGUGCUAUAUCACUGGGAACAUAUGCUCCAGGAAAUACUUCUCGUAUGUGUGGAUCUGAAGAGAAUUUGCUGCCACAGUGCUUGAGCAUCAUAUUUAGAAGAGCCAAGGAUUUUGGCGGUGGGGUGUUUUCACUUGCAGCAACAGUUAUGAGCGAUCUUAUUCAUAAGGAUCCUACCAGUUUCUCUAUCUUAGAUGCAGCUGGUCUUCCUUCUGCAUUUCUGGAUUCUAUAAUGGAUGAUGUUUUAUGCUCUGCUGAAGCCAUAAUUUGCAUACCCCAAUGCUUGGAUGCAUUGUGCCUGAACAACAAUGGCCUUCAGGCAGUAAAAGACCGCAAUGCUUUGAGGUGCUUUGUCAAGAUUUUUACAUCCAGAACUUAUGUGCGUGCCCUUGCGGGGGAUACUCCUGUGUCCUUGUCUAGUGGAUUAGAUGAACUAAUGCGUCAUUCUUCUUCUUUGCGUGGACCUGGAGUGGAUACGUUGAUUGAGAUUUUGAGUAACAUUGCACGAAUCGGUUCUGUGGUGGAUGGUUCUUCCUCAGCUGGCUCUUUGCUAGAUGCUUCUUCCUCAGCCUCUGAGGUUCCGAGCUGCUCUGUUGCUGUUCCCAUGGAAACUGAUUCUGAGGUGGCGAGUCCAGUUCUUCAUGAAGGCAAGGAAGCUACAAUUUCAGAGCAGCAGGCUGCUGAUCAGUCCACUGAUGCUUCGAUAGUGAAUAUAGAGUCAUUCCUACCUGAUUGUGUUGCGAAUGCAGCUCGUCUUCUUGAAACAAUUCUUCAAAAUGCUGAUACAUGUCGUAUUUUUGUAGAGAAGAAGGGGAUAGAUGCAGUCCUUAGUUUAUUUACCUUGCCUUUGCUGCCUGUUUCUUCAUCUAUUGGUCAGAGUAUCUCCAUUGCUUUCAAGAACUUUUCACCUCAACAUUCUGCAUCUUUGGCCAGGGCAGUAUGCUCAUUUUUGAGAGAACUUGUGAAGUCAACUAAUGAACUCUUAGAUUCAGUUAGAGGAACUGAGCUUGCUGUAGUUGACUCUGCGAAACAAUCUAAGAUUUUGAAGCACUUCUCAAGCCUUGAGGGUAUAUUGUCUCUGUCAAAUUUCCUGUUGAAAGGUACUGCUAGUGUGGUCUCUGAACUGGGUACUGCAGAUGCUGAAGUCUUGAAGGAUCUUGGGAGGACAUACUGGGAAGUUAUUUGGCAAAUUUCUGCGUACAAUGAUGCGAAAGUGGAAGAGAAGAGAAUUGAAGAGCCUGAACUGGAGAGUGGAGAUGUGUCGUCGUCUAAUGCUGUUGGAAGAGAGGGCAAUGAUGAUGCCAAUAUCCCAGCUGUCAGAUAUAUGAACCCAGUUUCAAUCAGGAGCAGUUCUCAGUCCCUCUGGGGUGGAGAACGUGAAUUCCUAUCAGUUCUUCGCUCUGGUGAAGGCUUACAUCGUCGUAGUAGACAUGGUUUGACACGAAUACGGGGUGGAAGGAGUGGUCGCCACUUGGAUGCUUUAACUACGGACUCUGAGGUUUCGUCCAAUGUAACUGAGUUGACUUCUCAGGAUGUUAAGAAGAAGAGCCCUGAUGUGCUUGUUCCGGAGAUUCUGGACAAGCUGGCUUCCACACUGCGCUCUUUCUUUACAGCCCUUGUCAAGGGAUUCACUUCCCCAAACCGUCGUAGAUCUGAUGUGGGUUCGUUGAGUGCAGCUUCUAAGACUCUUGGUUCUUCAUUGGCCACAAUGUUUCUUGAGGCUCUCAAAUUUUCAGGUUAUUCUACUGCUGUAUCAGUGAAGUGUAGAUAUCUUGGAAAGAUUGUGGAUGACAUGGCAGCACUCACAUGUGACACCAGGCGACGUACCUGUUAUACUAUCAUGAUAAAUAACUUUUAUGUCCAUGGGACCUUUAAGGAGUUGCUCACUACAUUUGCGGCCACCAGCGAAUUGUUGUGGACAUCUCCAUACCCAUACUCAACUUCAGGUCCUGAUGAAGAGAGCGCAACUCAAGAUAGUAAAUUGUCCCACUGUGGCUGGCUGCUAGACACAUUGCAGAGCUAUUGUCGGGUACUGGAGUAUUUCGUCAACUCCACUUUGCUUUUAUCCUCAAGCUCUUCAUCCCAGGCUCAAUUACUUGUUCAACCAGGUGCAGUUGGCUUAUCUAUCGGGCUGUUUCCUGUUCCUCGGGAUCCUGAAGCUUUUGUUCGUAUGCUGCAAUCUCAGGUUCUUGAUGUAAUACUUCCUGUUUGGAACCACCCUAUGUUCCCGAACUGUGGCCCUGCGUUCUCUGCUUCCAUCAUUUCACUGAUAACACAUAUAUACUCUGGUGUUGGUGACAUCAAGAGGAGUCGCAGUGGAGUUGCUGGAAGCAAUAAUCAAAGGUUUAUACCUCCACCUCCUGAUGAAGCUACUAUAGCAACCAUUGUUGAGAUGGGAUUCUCAAGGGCUAGAGCGGAGGAAGCGUUGAGGCGAGUGGAAGCUAAUAGUGUUGAAAUGGCUAUGGAGUGGUUGUUUAGUCAUGCUGAUGAUCCUGUGCAGGAUGAUGAUGAACUGGCUCGUGCGCUUGCUUUAUCACUUGGGAGUUCAUCAGAGGGAUCGAAAAAUGACAAUGUUGAUAAGUCUGCCGAUGUGCCGACAGAAGAAGGGUUAAUAAAGAUGCCUCCUGUCGAUGAUAUCCUUGCUGCAUCUGUUAAGUUAUUCCAGAGUAAUGAGGCAAUGGUAUUCUCAUUUACAGAUUUGUUAGUGACCCUCUGCAAUAGGAACAAAGGAGAAGACCGUCCCAAGGUGGCAUCUUGCCUUUGUGAGCAGUUGAAGCUGUGUCCUUUGGACUUUUCAAAAGAUUCCAGUGCAUUGCGUAUGAUAUCUCAUAUCUUAGCAUUGCUCCUUCAUGAGGAUGGAACCAUCAGAGAAAUCUCAGCACAGAAUGGUCUUGUAUCUACUAUCAUUGAUAUCUUGACAGAUUUCAAGUCUAAAAGUUUGGGAGGGUGUGAAAUUCUUGCCCCAAAAAGCAUCGGAGCAUUACUGCUUAUCUUGGAUUGCAUGCUGCAAUCUAAGCCUAGAAUUCCUCAUGGUACCAUUGAAGGUAAUCCGACAGGACCUACGCCAGACAGUCCACCGUCUGAUAAAAAAUUGGAUUCAGAUGUCUCUGAAAAAGAAUCUGGUACUGUUUUUGAGAGAGUGUUGGGAAAAUCUACUGGAUACCUAACCAUUGAAGAGAGUCAAAAGGUAUUACUAAUUGCUUGUGACCUGAUGAAGCAGCAUGUUCCAGCUGUCAUCAUGCAGGCUGUACUGCAGUUAUGUGCACGUUUGACAAAAAAUCAUGCUCUGUCGCUGCAAUUUCUUGAAAAUGGAGGGUUAGCUGCUAUUUUCAGUCUACCAAGAAGUUGUUUCUUUCCUGGAUAUGACACUGUUGCAUCUGCAAUCGUCCGUCAUCUUCUCGAAGAUCCUCAAACUUUACAAACCGCCAUGGAACUGGAAAUCAGACAAGCUUUGAAUGGUAGCCGCCAUGGUGGCCGAAUUUCACCAAGGUCAUUUUUGACAUCAAUGGCUCCUGUUAUUUCUAGAGAUCCCGUGGUUUUCAUGAAAGCUGCAGCUGCAGUUUGUCAGGUAGAGUCUUCUGGGGGACGGACCUUAGUGGUUUUGUCAAAGGAAAAAGACAGGGAAAAGGAGAAGUUGAAAGCAUCAGGUGCUGAAGAAUCUAUACGGAUAUCUGAAACUAAGAUUCAUGACAGCCCAGUUAAAUCUGUCAAAGGUCAGAAAAAGAUUCCUUCCAGUCUGACUCAAGUUAUUGAUCAGCUUCUUGACAUAGUAUUGAAGUACCCUUUACCUAAAAGCCGUGAUGAAGUUGGGAGUCAAUCAAUUUCAAUGGAAGUUGACGAACCCACCAGCAAGGUGAAGGGAAAGGCCAAGGUUGACGAGACAAGGAAGGUGGAAUCAGAAACUGAAAGAUCUGCUGCAUUGGCGAAGGUGACAUUUGUGAUCAAGUUGUUGGGUGAUAUUCUUCUCAUGUACAUGCAUGCAGUUGGGGUCAUUCUGAGAAGGGACUCUGAAUUUUGUCAACUACGGUCAUCCAACCAAGCAGAUAACCCUGAUCAUGGCGGAAUAAUCCACCAUAUCUUGCAUCGGUUGCUUCCAGUGUCUACUGAUAAAUCUGCAGGACCCGAUGAGUGGAGAGACAAGUUGUCAGAAAAAGCUUCAUGGUUCCUGGUAGUUCUUUGUGGCCGAUCUAGUGAGGGGCGACGGAGAGUGAUUAACGAACUUGUGAAAGCUAUAUCUUCCUUCUCAAACUUGGAAAGCAAUUCAAACAGAAGCGUUUUAUUGCCGGACAAAGUUAUUUUUGCAUUUGCAGAUUUGGUUUAUUCUGUUUUGUCAAAGAAUGCUUCGUCAAGCACCUUACCCGGGUCUGGAUGCUCUCCGGAUAUAGCAAAAAGCAUGAUAGAUGGUGGUAUUGUGCACUGUCUAACUGGCAUGCUUCAAGUGAUUGACCUUGAUCAUCCUGAUGCUCCCAAGGUUGUUAAUCUUUUACUUAAAUCUUUGGAAAGUCUAACAAGAGCUGCUAAUUCCAACUAUCAAAUUCUUAAAGCUGAGGACCUGAACAAGAAGAAAACUCUAAGUUCAAACGAAAGGCUCGAUGUGCAGAUGACUAGGCCAGCUGCUGAGAUUGAAGGGUCUAAUCAGAAUACCAGCGACGCCCGGGAAGUUCAAGGUGAGGAAGGGGUCGAAGAACACAACAACCAAGGAACUUCAGAAAUAGAAGGUAAUGGUAAUGUACAUGCUGAUCAGUCUGGAGAGGAAGACAUGAGAAUCGAAGUGGAAGAGGCAACUAAUCCUUCUCUGGAGAUGGGGAUGGAUUUCAUGAAUGCAGAAAUGGAUGGAGAUGGAGUUUUGCGCAAUGGCGAUCAAAUAGAAAUGACUUUUCAUGUUGAGAACAGGGCAGAUGAUGACAUGGGUGAUGAGGAUGAUGACAUGGCCGAUGAAGGUGAGGAUGACGAUGAUGAUGAUGCGGAGGACGAGGAUGAAGACAUUGCUGAAGAUGGUGGUGGGAUGAUGUCUCUGGCUGACACGGAUGUGGAAGACCAUGAUGAGACUGGCUUGGGUGAUGAUUACAAUGAUGAGAUGAUUGAUGAAGAGGAUGAUGAUUUUCAUGAGAACCGUGUCAUAGAGGUGAGGUGGAGGGAAGCCCUUGACGGUUUAGAUCGUCUGCAGGUGCUUGGUCAACCUGGUGGUGGUGGAAGUGGUCUGAUUGAUGUUGCAGCUGAACCUUUUGAUGGAGUGAACGUAGAUGAUCUUUUUGGCCUCCGUAGGCCUUUAGGCUUCGAACGGCGGCGGCAGAGUGGUAGGUCUUCUUUUGAACGAUCAGUCUCUCAAGUCAAUGGAUUUCAACAUCCUUUGCUUUUGAGACCAUCCCAAUCUGGAGAUCUUGUGUCAAUUUGGUCAUCAGGGGGCCAUUUAUCCAGAGAUUUAGAAGCUCUCUCAGCUGGCAGUUUUGAUGUUACUCACUUUUAUAUGUUUGAUGCACCAGUACUUCCAUAUGAUCAUGUACCCAGCAAUCUCUUUGGUAAUCGGCUGGGAAGUGCAGCUCCUCCACCUUUGACUGAUUAUUCUGUUGGAAUAGACUCUUCACACCUACAAGGCCGAAGAGGGCCAGGUAAUGGACGUUGGACUGAUGAUGGUCAGCCACAAGCAGGUGCUCAAGCUGCUGUAAUUGCACAAGCAGUGGAGGAACAAUUCCUGUCCCAGUUGCACAGCAUUGCCCCAGCAGGUAGCUCUGCCGAAAGAGAGUCUCAGAGUCUUGAGAUGCAGGAGAAUCAGCCCCCUACAGAGCCUCGCUCUAAUGAUGGGCAAAUAGUGAUGGAAGGUAACAAUCCCAGAAUUCAGCAAUCUGAAGUUCAUCAUCAAGAAACCUUAAAUGGAGUGACUGAUCAUCAGUCUAAUCAAGAAGCAGUUGAAAGCAUUCAUCCCCAAGAGCAAGUCACUCAGCAUACUUCUGUUGAAGAUGCAGGUGAGCUUCUACUGGUGCAGGAAGGUAUGGUGGAUCAAUCAUCUUCUCUGAGCAGUGCACCUAAUGGAGAUGAGCAAAUGGAGAUAGGGGAAGGUGAUAACAUUACAGGAAAUCAAGUAGGGGCAGUACCAGAGCUUGUGAACUCAUUAGCACAACAUUUUCCUUCUCUUCAACAUGAAGGAGGUCAAGACUCACCGUCUCAUCUUGAAACUCCUGCUCGUGUUCCGAGUGUGGAUUCUGAUGGUUUGUCUAGGGCAGAUGGCCAGUCUCAUGACCAGGUUCUUUCUGGUCCUAUUUCUGGGAGAUCAGAUGCGGAUAAUACUUGUGAUGAUGUUGAUAUGAAUGGUGUUGAUGCUGGUGGAAGUCUAUCUGAGCAAUCUCCCCCUGUCGCGGGACAAGUAACAGCUGUUGCUCCAGAUGCUAAUCAAACGGAUCAGAAUAGUGUAAAUGGCGAGGGUUCUGCUGCAAAUGCUAUUGACCCAACCUUCUUGGAGGCACUGCCAGAAGAUUUGCGGGCAGAAGUUCUUGCUUCUCAGCAAGCUCAAUCUGUGCAGCCUCCAGCUUAUGCACCACCUUCAGUUGAUGAUAUUGAUCCCGAGUUUUUGGCGGCUCUUCCUCCAGAUAUUCAGGCAGAAGUUCUUGCACAACAAAGAGCACAAAGGAUUGCACAACAAGCUGAAGGGCAGCCGGUGGACAUGGAUAACGCUUCAAUAAUUGCUACUUUUCCCGCCGAAUUACGUGAAGAGGUACUUUUGACCUCUUCAGAAGCAGUAUUAUCAGCACUGCCUUCUCCGUUGCUUGCUGAAGCCCAAAUGCUAAGAGACAGGGCAAUGAGUCACUAUCAGGCAAGGAGCCUGUUUGGUAGCAGCCACAGGCUUAGUGGUCGAAGAAAUGGCUUAGGGUUUGACAGGCAGACUGUGAUGGAUAGAGGUGUUGGAGUUUCAAUAGGUCGGAGAGCAACAUCUGCAGUUGUAGAUGGCAUGAGAGUGAAGGAAAUUGAGGGCGAGCCUUUGCUGGAUGCAAAUGCGCUGAGGGCUUUGAUCCGCCUCUUAAGAUUGGCACAGCCCCUGGGGAAAGGACUUCUACAGAGACUAUUGUUAAACCUUUGUGCACAUAGUUCUACAAGGGCAACUCUAGUUCGCCUUUUGGUUGACAUGAUUAAACCUGAAGCAUAUGGAUCAUUCAGUGGAUUAGCAAUGCUGAACUCGCAGAGGCUUUAUGGCUGCCAUUCAAAUGUGGUUUAUGGCCGAUCACAGUUGUUGGAUGGUUUGCCUCCCUUGGUGUUGUUUCGCAUUCUUGAGAUUUUGACAUAUUUGGCAACAAACCACUCAUCGAUUGCCAAUAUGUUAUUUCACUUGGACCCUUCUGUCUUGCCGGUGGAGUAUCUUACAAAUGGUUUGCAAUAUAAGACGGACAAAGGUAAAGGGAAACUUGAGGAUGGCAGUGCGUUGUACAAUCCUUGUGGAGAUACAGAUGAUGUUCCAUUGAUUCUGUUCUUAAAGCUAUUAGAUCGACCACUGUUUUUCCGCAGCACUGCACACCUUGAGCAGGUUAUGGGCUUACUUCAAGUGGUGGUUUACACAGCAGUAUCAAAUAUAGAAUCCUGUAAGCUAACUAGUGGGGAAGUCAGUGGUGAUGCUCAGACAGAUCCUCUGGCGGAACCCGAAUCUACUCAGGGAGAUAAAGCGGUCCCUGCUGCUGAGUUAUCGAAUUCCAAAAGAAAUAAGAGCACUGAUACAGUCGGUGUUCUCAUGCGGUUGCCUAGAUCUGAUCUGCGGAAUAUGAGUAACCUUCUUGGUCGCGAGGGGCUGUCAGAUAAGGUGUACAUGCUUUCGGGAGAAGUACUGAAGAAGCUGGCGUCGGUUGCUUACCCUCUUCGCAAGUUCUUUACCUCAGAGCUUUCAGAUUUAGCACAUGGUCUGAGUAGUUCAGCUGUUAGUGAGCUUGUUACUCUGAGGAAGACUCACAUGCUAGGGCUUAGUUCUGGGUCUAUGGCUGGAGCAGCAAUAUUACGUGUCCUCCAGGUGCUUAGCUCACUCACCUCACCUAGUGCUCCAGCAGCUGAGAGUGUAGGUGGGGAGCAGGAGGAGCAUGCAUCUAUGUGGAACUUAAACAUUGCACUCGGGCCAUUAUGGCAUGAAUUGAGUGAAUGUAUCAGUGUGACAGAAAUGCACUUAGGCCAGGGCACAUUGAACCAGACUCUUUCUAGCAGUGCCACUUUGGGGGAUCAUGUACAGGGGAGUGUCUCUACAUCGUCUCCUCUUCCUCCUGGAACCCAGAGACUCCUGCCUUUCAUAGAAGCAUUCCUUGUUUUGUGUGAAAAGCUUCAAGCAGAAAUUAAUGUUUCUUCUGUGCAGCAAGAUCAUCAUGCUGAUGACACAACAGCAGGUGAAGUCAAAGAGUCAGGGGCAGGGGAUGCACAUAGAAAGCUCGAUGGUUCAGUUACAUUUGCUCGGUUUGCUGAGAAGCAUCGUAGACUUCUAAAUGCAUUUAUUAGACAGAAUCCUGGGUUACUGGAGAAGUCACUUGCUAUGAUGCUGAAGGCACCAAGAUUAAUAGAUUUUGACAACAAAAAGUCGUAUUUUCGGUCAAGGAUACGACAACAACAUGAGCAACACCUGUCUGGUCCACUGCGGAUCAGUGUCCGAAGGGCAUAUGUGUUGGAGGAUUCUUACAAUCAGCUGAGGAUGCGGCCAACUCAGGAUCUCAGGGGACGAUUGAACGUGCAGUUCCAAGGGGAAGAGGGCAUUGAUGCCGGAGGUCUGACUAGAGAAUGGUAUCAAAUAUUGUCGAGAGUUAUUUUUGAUAAGGGGGCAUUGCUUUUCACCACUGUGGGAAACAAUGUCACAUUCCAGCCAAAUCCAAAUUCUGUGUAUCAAACUGAGCAUCUUUCCUAUUUCAGAUUCGUUGGCCGUGUGGUUGCAAAAGCAUUGUUUGAUGGCCAGCUCUUGGAUGUAUAUUUCACCCGGUCUUUCUAUAAGCACAUUCUAGGUGUAAAGGUGACUUACCAUGAUAUAGAGGCUGUGGAUCCUGAUUAUUACAAGAAUCUAAAGUGGAUGCUAGAGAAUGAUGUAAGUGAUAUACCGGACCUGACAUUCAGCAUGGAUCCUGAUGAGGAGAAACACAUCCUUUAUGAGAAAAACGAGGUUACUGAUUACGAGCUUAAACCUGGAGGGAGGAAUAUAAGAGUAACCGAAGAGACGAAGCAUGAGUACGUGGACCUUGUUGCGGACCAUAUAUUGACAAAUGCCAUGCGGCCUCAGAUAAACUCCUUCCUGGAUGGUUUCAAUGAACUCAUUCCUCGGGAAUUGAUCUCAAUUUUUAAUGACAAGGAGCUUGAGCUACUGAUCAGUGGACUUCCUGAAAUUGAAUUGGAAGAUCUGAAGGUCAAUACAGAGUAUACUGGAUAUAGUGGUGGUUCCAGUGUUGUUCAGUGGUUCUGGGAAGUAGUUCAAGCUUUCAGCAAAGAAGACAUGGCUAGACUGCUACAAUUCGUCACGGGAACAUCAAAGGUUCCACUGGAAGGUUUCAAGGCGUUGCAGGGCAUCUCUGGUCCUCAAAGGUUCCAGAUACACAAAGCAUAUGGAGCUCCUGAACGCUUGCCUUCAGCUCACACAUGUUUCAAUCAACUAGAUCUUCCGGAGUAUACAUCAAAAGAACAGCUUCGAGAGCGGUUGCUGCUCGCCAUUCACGAGGCCAAUGAAGGUUUUGGCUUUGGUUAGCCAUGCCAGGGGGUUGGUGGGGUUGGCUUCAAACACCACCAAAGAUCCAAUGCAGGCGGCCAGCCCUCAGCAUUUUGUGAUGUACAUGUUAGUUCUUCCCGCGUUCUUUGUUUACUCUGACCCCUUUGUGGUGCGUUAAAAGACUGAAAUGUUACUGCUGAGUGCUGACGAAUUGGGUAUUAUGUGGUGCAGAUGGAUGAUGAAGGGGAUGAUUCAUUUGGGUCUGGAUUAAUUAGGAGUUUAGGGAGUUAGCUAGCCGUAUAAAAAGGCGGUCACCGGUGCAGCGGUGGCUGCUGGGUCGAUGCUGGUGAAUGCGCUUUGAGGAAGAAACAGGGGAUUAUGUCUUUCAAGUUACUUUGGCCAUUUGCUGUUACAAAGGGGAUGGAAAGAAAUGUACAAAUGGUUUUGUUUGGUUUGGAAGGGGAAUAAUGUGAGGGCGUUUCUUCCACCAAGGCCUAAGCCAGUUUAUGUAGAUAACUAUUUGGAUCUACCUUUUUGGUUGUUUAUAUCAGUUAUUAUCAUUAAACAUUGUUAGUUUCUGCUGGCUCUAUUUCUCUCUGUUGGAACGAGUUAGGCACAGUUGUGAAAGAAAGUUAAAAAGGUUGACAAGGGUAUGAAAUCGAAGCACGAAAUUUGGAAAUUGGGUAGAAUAUGACAUCUUGAUCAAAUCCUUGCACUGGCAUCCGGCGCCAUCCUCUCCGUUGGUCACAAACUUGCUCUGGUGAAGCUCCCUGUCGCCGGUGGUAACUGCAAAUCAAACAUCAUCUGGAUAUCCAUAUUUUUGGUCUGACGCUAAGUUGAAUAUGAGAAUUUCAAAACGGUAGAGAGUCGGUCACAAAAAUCGAACCCAUUACAUCGAUUAGGAAACAAUAGUUAUUUGUAGACACACUAUUGUUACUCUUUUUUUAAAAUAUUAUCUUCUUCUAAAUAUGGACUAUAAAGAGAAUAGGAAGACUAAUUUGGAGAUGAGCAAAUUCUUCUCACAUUCUUGUCCUCCCAACUUGCUCAUUUCAAUUGUAGUUAUUACUUUUGUGUAUGAGGUUAACAUUUAGGAUGAGUGUUUAGACAUAUGAUCUGAAUGAAAGGAACAAAUCACA